AUCUGUUGGUGAUCGAGGCGUUUACUGAGAAUUUUUCGGAAAGCCUUGAACCGUUAAGGGAUUUAUCGACGGCAAAACGGACGGAAAUGUAACUUUUUUAAUUGUCUUACUGCUCCAGUUUAAGCCUCAACAUAGGAAGAAGAAGUGGGGAAUUGCAUGUAACGUUUUUAGAGGAUACUGUUCUUUGUUAAGAGAUAGUCGGUUCUCCUCAAUAGUUGCGAAAUCGGACAAAAUGUCGCCAAAAUCACAGUUUCGUGCCAUCUUUCUGUGCAUAGGCGUUUUGGCUUCGUAUGCCCAAGAAUGUGGCCGAUCACCGAUAGUGGAGAACCGGAUUGUGGGAGGGAUGGACGCCAUAGAUGGUGCUUGGCCGUGGCAGGUGGAUAUACAGUUAACGACUGCUGGUCAUAUCUGUGGAGGCUCCAUCAUCUCAGAGUACUGGGUCUUAUCAGCCGCUCAUUGUUUCCCCAAUCCCUCAGAUUUAAGCUCUUUCGUCGUCUACGUUGGCCGGUACCGGCUGAACGGAUGGAAUCUGCACGAGUCGACAUACAGUGUGAGCCGGGUGGUGAUCCCGUCUGGUUACAGCGAGCCGCACAAUGGGAAGGACCUGGCGUUGGUGCAGCUGUCCAGCCCAGUGACCUGGUCAGAUUACGUCCGGCCCGUCUGUUUGCCCGACUUUGGCACGCUGUUCCCAGGAGGCCUGCAGUGCUACGUCACCGGUUGGGGAAAUGUCAGAGAUAACGUCCCUCUGCCAGGAGUCGGGACUCUGCAGGAAGUGGAGGUGCCAAUCAUUUCCCAGAGUUCAUGUCAGGAGAUGUACCAGACGCACCCGACGGAGCAGGUGGACAUCCUGUAUGACAUGAUCUGUGCUGGAUACCAGAAGGGCGGAAAGGACUCCUGCCAGGGCGAUUCAGGAGGGCCCCUUGUCUGCAAGAUGGUGAAUGGGACCUGGGUGCAGGCGGGGGUGGUGAGUUUCGGACUGGGCUGUGCUCAAGAGAACCAGCCAGGUGUUUACGCGAGAGUCACCAGCUACUCCAGCUUAAUCAGAGACACGGUCCCAGGGAUCCGCCUGUAUGGCCGAGCUGCAAAGAACUGGUGUGGGAGGGCGGCCAUGUUGGUCACCUCUCUACUGAUCCUGCUUCAGAAGUAGAACACUUUAUCAACGCGAUAUCAGGCCAAAUGAAGGAGAAAACAAAUAAUAUGUCAGACUCGCGUCCAAAAGUUUUCCUGAAUGGUAGAACUAGAAACCUGAAGUGCAUAUCAAGCCAUAUUGAACAAGAAAUGUAAUUUUAAUCGUACAUUUUUUAACUGAUUAAAAGUAGUUUUGAUAGGUUUGUAUUUGAAAUCAGAAUUAUGAGCUUAAUAAAUUAUGUGUUCUGUAUUUGAAAUAAAUUGUUCAUUUGAUUCUUAAAAAUCA